AUGACUCCGCCACUCAUUACGCUCGAGGAGCACUGGUACUCCACGGCGGUCUUAGACUCAUUCGACAAUUCGAUGAAAGAAGGCAUCAAGCAAUGGCCUGGAGCACUCGAGAGACUUCUUGAUGCCGGUGAGCUCCGCUUGAGAGAAAUGGAUAAAGGCAAAGUAACUUUGCAAGUCAUUUCCCAUUGCGCAGCGGACAAUCCAUCACCAGAAGUCUGCCGGGCCGGCAACGACCAGUUGGCCAACGAAGUCCGCAAGACAGAAGAGGCCUCCAAGCGGUUUGCUGCAUUUGCCGUCCUCCCCAUGGCGCAUCCAGCCGCGGCCGCCGCAGAACUCGAACGGACAGUGAAAGAGCACGGGUUUUUGGGAGCAUUGGUAGACCACAAGAGUAGAAAGGGGUACUGCGACGGGAUCGAGUAUGACGAUCUCUGGAGAAAGGCGCAGGAGCUUGAUGUUCCGAUAUAUCUACAUCCAUCAAGACCAGAGGACGAGAUUUUCCGACAAGCAUACGCAGGCAACUAUUCUGAUCGCGCGACAUCAGUCAUAGGCGGCGCAAUGUGGGGAUGGCAUAGCGAAGUUGGAAUACACAUCUGUCGUCUACAUGCAGCAGGAGUCUUCGACAGAUUUCCUAAGCUGAAGAUUAUUAUUGGCCAUUUUGGGGAAAUGAUUCCAUUCAUGUUACAGCGUAUCAUAGACCAGGAAGUGAUUAUGGGCCAGCGGGAACGGCCCUUUCGGGAAGUUUGGGAUGAAAAUAUCUGGAUUACCACCUCCGGUGCAUGGAGUUUGGAUCCAAUGAGAUGCAUUCUGAGCAAUACGAAGAUUGAGCGCAUCUUGUAUAGUGUUGAUUACCCGUUUACGACCAAUGAAGCCGGGCUCAAAUGGUUUGAGGAACUUGAAAAGAGUGGUCUGGUAACGAGUGAAGAGCUGGAUUUUAUUGCGUACAAGAAUGCCGAGAACUUGCUUGGUAUUAAGGCUCCCUAG